AGCAGCUCACUGCUCCAAUAACAAGUGCUUCAAAACUGCAGACUCAGAGACAUCAGCUGUACCUGAUGAAGGACGGAGAGAGCAACGGAGGACGGGGAGUGGUCGUCGGAUUUCUUAAAGUCGGCUACAAGAAGUUGUUCCUGCUGGACAGACAGGGGGCGCACAUAGAGGCCGAGCCGCUGUGUGUGUUGGAUUUCUUCAUAUCAGAGAAUGUGCAGAGACACGGCUACGGGCUGGAGCUCUUUGACUUCAUGCUGCAGCAUAAGAGUUUAGAGCCGACCCUGAUGGCGUACGACCGGCCCUCGCCUAAACUCCUGUCCUUCCUGGCGAAACAUCACUGUCUGACUCAGAGUGUUCCUCAGGUGAAUAACUUUGUGGUGUUUGAAGGAUUCUUCCAGAACAGAUCAGGCUCUGUCUGCGCUCCUCUGACGGAUCAGGGCAUGUACGGAUAUUUCGGCCCAGUUGAGAAAGGUUCCCCUCAGAAAGCCGGACGGAGAUAUCAAACCCUACUCUGUGAUGGAGAGAGAAGCGGUGCGACGAGAGCAGAGGGUUCCUCCGUGGCCGUUUGUUCCGCCUCACUCCCCCCAGCGAUCGGUAUCCUCCCAGUACUCCCCGCCCCUCAGCGUGAGCUCUUCCCCCAGCAGGGCCUCCACUCGAGCCGCUCCGCUGUCUGCCCAUCAGUCCCCCCUCCUCGAGCGCUGCAGGGCAAGACGCACCAGGGUCUGGUAGCGAGACGCAGCCUGUACAGUCGACACCUGGACAUUAGAGCUGCCGGUCUGCAGGACACACACCUGACAGGUGUGAGAGCUGUGGAGGAUCAGUCACAGGCAGCCGGACACACAGACACACACAGGUUGGCCACGAUUCACACUCCUAUAACCAGGUCCCGCCUCCUCUUGCCUCCUCCUCAGUCUGCGUCCAUCACAGAGGACGUCUCAGACACACAGCCGGGUCCAUCUGAUGAAGAGGAGGACGGGAUUAAGGACAGAGAUCAGCAUCCAGGAGGAGCAGCAGGAGACUUGUUGUCCAGUCAGAGAUGUCCCUCACAGGACAGAGACAGAGGAGUGUGGUCGUGGACCGUAGGAGAGAAUUGUUUCAGCGCUCAGUGGGUCAAACAGAGGCAGGAGCGGAGGAGCACGCGGCCGUGGUGACCAGAGAGAGAGAGACUGAUGAUGAGUGACAGGUGGUAACGUGUGAAGACUGAAAAAGAGACGGACUCUACCUUUAACCUGGACACAUGAAGUGACGGCUUCACUCUGCUGAAGAAGAAACAUUUCUUCCCCUUUCAGCUCACUCUAAAAACUGCAGGAAGUUCUCAGGAGUUUUGUGCUGAUGUGAAAGGACUAAUCAUGAUUUUUAAAAGGAGAUAAAUGACUCAUCAAACAUUUCUUGGUUUAUUUUAAAAUAAAAGUGAAACAGUA